AUGGUGCAGUCCUGCCCCUGGAAGUUGUGGUCUGCCAGGAACAACCUGAGCUUGUGCCUUUCAGCAGAACACGGGGUGUGGGAAAUCGGGGGCCUGAAGUGUGUCCAAGAAAAUGGUGAUGGUCAUAGUGGCCAUGUCAUGUCAGGGCCUGAUGUGCUGGCAGGUGCUCAGCAGAAAGCACAGACGGCCCUGGCCAGGUUCCGGCAAGCUCAGCUGGAGGAAGGAAAAGUCAAGGAACGAAGACCUUUCCUUGCAUCAGAGUGUAAUGAGCUGCCUAAAGCUGAGAAGUGGAGGCGACAGAUCAUCGGGGAGAUUUCCAAGAAAGUGGCACAGAUUCAGAAUGCUGGAUUAGGUGAAUUCAGAAUCCGGGACCUGAAUGAUGAAAUAAACAAACUGCUGAGGGAGAAAGGACACUGGGAAUUCAGAAUAAAGGAGCUUGGAGGUCCUGAUUACGCUCGGAUUGGACCGAAAAUGUUGGAUCAUGAAGGGAAAGAAGUUCCAGGAAACAGAGGUUACAAAUAUUUUGGAGCUGCAAAGGAUUUGCCAGGAGUGAGGGAGCUUUUUGAAAAGGAACCCCUCCCGCCGCCACGCAAAACUCGAGCUGAGCUCAUGAAGAACAUUGAUGCAGAAUAUUAUGGCUACAGGGAUGAAGAUGAUGGUAUUCUGGAGCCACUGGAACAAGAACAUGAAAAGAAAGUUAUAGCAGAAAUGGUGGAAAAAUGGAAGCAGGAGAGAGAGGCACGACUUGCAAGAGGUGAGGAGGAAGAGGAGGAGGAAGUCAAUAUCUACGCUGUCAAUGAUGAUGAGUCUGAUGAGGAAGGUGACAAGGAUAAAGAAGGUGAAGAAGGCCAACAGAAAUUUAUUGCACAUGUGCCAGUGCCAUCUCAGCAGGAGAUCGAGGAGGCUCUUGUGCGGAGAAAGAAGAUGGAACUUCUUCAGAAGUAUGCCAGUGAAACCCUCAUGGCACAGAGUGAAGAGGCAAAAACACUUUUAGGGUUGUAACAUUGCACCAGGGUGUCCUGGGUUUUACAUAAUCCAGCUUAAAGCAAGAGGUUCAUGUGCUCUGGUAGCAAUCACUUCUAGCUCUGAA